GGGAACAGACCCACCAGCUUGCCUGUUGGCAUUUGCUUACUCACUAGUGGUGGAGAGAGGAGCCCAGUUGGAUUCCCUUGAGGAGGCCCCUCCACUAAGCUGGAUGCUGGCUGGUAGACACAGGAGCUAAGCCUCGUGCUAUGAGGGAGGAUAAACGGUUUGUCCCACUCCUAGGAUGAAGCUGCUUGUUAGGACUCUACGUUUCUGGGAAGUGGGGAGGCAGGUAGCCUCCUGGAGCCUGAGGACUGGCCAGGAGUGUUUGGGGCUCAGGAAAUUAUGCUGGCCUUCGAUGAGGGCUGUCAGAACCAGAGCAGAUCACCAAAAGCCUGAAGGUCGCAUCGCUGUGGGAAGGAUCAUGCGUCCAGAUGAUGCCAACGUGGCUGGCAAUGUUCAUGGAGGGACCAUUCUGAAGAUGAUUGAGGAGGCCGGGGUCAUCAUCAGCACCCGGCACUGUAACAGCCAGAAUGGGGAGCGCUGUGUGGCUGCCCUGGCCCGGGUAGAGCGCACUGAUUUCCUGUCGCCCAUGUGCAUUGGUGAAGUGGCUCACGUCAGUGCAGAGAUCACCUACACUUCCAAGCACUCUGUGGAGGUCCAGGUCCACGUGAUGUCGGAGAACAUCCUCACAGGUACCAAAAAGCUGACCAAUAAGGCCACUUUGUGGUAUGUGCCCCUGUCAUUGAAGAAUGUGGACAAGAUCCUCGAGGUGCCUCCUAUUGUGUAUUUACGGCAGGAACAGGAGGAGGAGGGUCGGAAACGCUACGAAGCUCAGAAGCUGGAACGCAUGGAGACCAAGUGGAGGAACGGCGACAUCGUCCAGCCUGUCCUGAACCCAGAGCCAAACACGGUGAGCUACAGCCAGUCCAGCCUGAUCCACCUGGUGGGGCCCUCGGAUUGCACCCUUCAUGGCUUCGUGCACGGAGGUGUCACCAUGAAGCUGAUGGAUGAAGUGGCUGGGAUUGUGGCUGCACGCCACUGCAAGACCAACAUAGUAACUGCCUCUGUGGACGCCAUUAAUUUCCAUGACAAAAUACGGAAAGGCUGUGUCAUCACCAUCUCCGGACGCAUGACCUUCACGAGCAAUAAGUCCAUGGAGAUUGAGGUCCUGGUGGACGCUGACCCUGUGGUGGACAACUCACAGAAGCGUUACCGGGCCGCCAGUGCCUUCUUCACCUACGUGUCCCUAAACCAGGAGGGCAAGCCGCUGCCUGUGCCUCAGCUUGUGCCGGAGACAGAGGAUGAGAAGAAGCGUUUUGAAGAAGGCAAAGGCCGCUAUCUGCAGAUGAAGGCAAAGCGACAGGGCCACACAGAGCCUCAGCCCUAGGUGUCGUUCUCCCGUCCUGGGUCAGCACAGUUGUGGCAAUAGCCCCACCGUGUGCAGUCACUUAGAAGUUACCCCCUUGGCCAAACCCCUAAUUUCCACUGAGAGCUGGUGUUGUGUGAAGUAUUGUGUGGCAGUGUUACCUAUGGCCCAUUCCCAAAACCUGUGCACCAAAGCUUUAUUUAUAUCCCCCCAGUAACUGCUCCCCAGUGUUGUCCCAAAGGCCAUCAUGGACACCAGAGCACACUGACUGGCCUGAAGAAGCCAGCACCACUAAUAAAGCUGCUGCUGGCUGAACUCAUGAA